AUGUCAAAUCCACAGAAUGCAACCCUGGCACGCGUCAAAGGUGCAGCCAUCGAUGGCCGCUUGAGGGUUCUUCGAAUCCGGCAGCAAUUGUUUCACUCUCUUCAUGGCGCUUUGAUACAACGACGCGAAGAACUUCUUCAAACAAUUCAAAAUGACGACAACUGUUCUGCAGAAGAAGCAUUAGUUGUAUACGGAAGCUCGCUCAUCGACCUACGCAAUCACUACAAUGCUCUUGAUUUAUCGACAGGUCUGCAAGAGGAAUACCGCUUAGCGAGAAAGGAGAGCAAUGAAAAUAAACGCACGCCGAUUGCCAUGACGUAUAUCAUCCCUGGAAGAUUCGCAUUAUUCUUUAGUUUGAUUUCUGCUUUAUGCGCUGCGAUAGAAGCUGGUAGCUGUGUAAUAGUUGAAUUUCAAGAUACAACAAUCAAGACUCCAAGCUUGUUACAAGAGAUCAUCCAUACGUCUCUCGACCUGGAAGCAUUUGCGAUCGUUUCCGACAGAGCACCAGCCGAAUAUCUGGCCCAAUGCGUUGUCAUUGAUCAGAGCAAUGCAAUUACUGCAGAAGAUGUGUUCCCCCGGAGAACUCUCUCCUCUCCCAUAUCUCGAAGCAUCGCUUUUGUGGAUCGUACAAGUGACAUCGAGUUGGCAGCACAAGAAAUCGUUGCCUCACGCUCUGCUUUUGGGGGCAAUUCGCCAUAUGCAGUUGACCUGGUAAUAGUUAACGAGUUUGUUCUGGAAAAGUUUAACAUUGCAGCAACGAAGGCAUUGCAAAGUAUCCGAGAGGCACAGAAAUUGCAUCAACUGCCGAAAGAACCGUCCCAUCGCGUUAAAAUCUCCAACAACAAGAUAUUCGACGAUGCAAACCGAGACGAUAACUUGCAGUGGGUGAGUGGUAUUAAAAUGAAUAGGAGCCACCAACUCGCUCGAACCAAAGUUCCUUCCUCUCGCAUUGUUCUUGUCCAUUCAGUUACCAGCCUUGACGACUCAAUUGAUUUUUUAGGUACCGAUGCCCAACAAGAGAUUCCGAUCGCUACUCUAUACUUAUUUAGCGGCGAACGCGAGGCGAAGUACUUGUCGCAGUACAUCGUCAGCCAGGCCACCUAUGUGAACCACAUUCCCGCCCAACUCGUUGUUGGUCCGAGAACACCCUUCGACUAUGCAAUAAAUCUCCACCAGCGCUAUACGCGUGAUAUGUUCGAGUUUCCUAGUCCUCAAAUAGUGCCCAGCAAGAGAUCACAUCUCACUUCCACUAUUUUCACGAAAGCCAGCUUCAUAGACUCUGUCGCGCGGGAGGCCCUUAAGGAUAUCAGGCAACCUAAAUCAGGUGCUUGGGGCUUUUUUGAGCAAGGAAUCGUAAUUGGGGCAUUCGUUUAUCUACUUCCCAUGUUUAGCAUAACUAUUACAGGAGUUGGAUAUGGGGUUUGGAGGGCAUAUUGGAGUAUUCGUAGCUAA